UGGCACUAGUACACAACGUUAGACAGUACACUACAUAAUUUGGUAGCACUGGACCACCCAUGGAGGCGACAUUAUACUUGUCGCGCUUUCAUCAUCACUCGCCGCGACAGGCGGUAUGCCAUGCGCGCAACGACACUGCACAUAAAACGUCAUCUUUCCACAUGCGCCCAUGCAUUACGACUAUACCAUCAGCGGCGGUGGCGCCAACUACCGGCGUGCCUGGCGCAACGAUGAAGCGAACUGCGACUGCUUGCACCGCUCCCCAGCUGCCAGUACUGCAAUCAAGAGCCAUCCGCUGCGCCCCUUGCCGCUCCAAACCUCCUCCACUACCCGCCCUGGCAGCUCUCCCACCCAAAUCCGCCAUGUCGGCACCCGCGCCGGUCCCAGAUGCCAGUGCUGAAGCGCAACUGCCACCCCCCGCGGACACGACCGCACCACCACCCGCCACUCCUAGCAGCGACAGCAGCAGCAGCGCCGGGGCCGUCACUGCUGCCCUGCAGCAGCCGCCCCAAACCCCGUCCACGCAACCUACCCCGGCACAAUCCGACGCCUCUGCUGUCGCCGCUCCCGCUGCUUCCUCAGCGACCCGCACUGCAGGCGCCUUAGAACCCGCCUCAGUGGCGGCAGGCACUGCGGCGGCAGCCGCAGCUGCAGAGGCGCACGCUUCCCCUUCCCUGGA